UUUGGUUGCUCAAACUCAGGAAUUACCGACGCUGCACGGCUUCUUUUCCUUAAUGCUCACAACGAAGCACGCCUCAGCGUUGCCCAAGGACUUGAACCAAACAAAUGUGGACUUUUGGGUCCCGCAAAGAACAUGUACAAACUGCAAUGGGACUGUGACCUCGAACAACAAGCUCAAAGCUACAUCUCCAACUGCCCAUCGGCCUUAGGAUCAUUCAGCGGAUACUCACAAAAUCUUAUAAGGUAUACGGGGAUAUUCACGAAUCCUCUAAGUAACGUGGCAGCUGCUGUGAACGGAUGGUGGAGCGCUGUACGAAAGUAUGGUAGCACCGAUCCGGACAACAAAUAUGUUAACUCCAAGACGUCAAAACAGUUUGGACUUCUCUAUGGCUCAACUUUUCAGAUGGUACACGGGAAAACGACAGGAAUUGGUUGCGCCUACAAAGUCUGCCCUCUAACGCUUUAUUUGACCGUUACUUGUCUCUACAACAAGAUUGGUUACUAUACAAAUGGUGUAAUGUGGGAAAAUGGAGCUCCUUGUACAUCGGCGGCAGACUGUACCACUUACGCCGGAUCAACAUGUUCUGGUGGACUUUGUGUUAAGGAACUGGAGGAAAGUGGUAGAUCUCGCGUUGCCAAUGGUCUGGAACCUGAUGCACUCGGUGGAAAUGCUCCGAAGGCCUCACAAAUGCUCAAAAUGCUUGUUACCUCGAAAAUUCACAGAGGUCCAAACUCGAUUAAGGUGUACGAUUGUGAUGUAGAGGCUUCAGCAAUACAGCACAGCCGUAAGUGCGUUUAUGAGCAUUCGGCGUCAACCGACAGACCAGGACUAGGCGAAAAUCUCUACAUGACAAGCGCCCUCAACGUUGAUAAAGUCACAACAGCAGCAGAGAAUCCCUUUAGUAGUUUGUUCCAGUCCUCUCAACUUUGGUGGGAUGAACUAAAAGAUUAC